UCAGGCGUUGUGAUGAUGCCCCUAAAACUUAGCACCGCAUCGUGCGUAUCGCAAUGGCGCUGUGUCGGCCUUGGACGCAUGGAAAGUCGACGAGUAAUUUUCCCUUGCAACCCAGUCCUGUUGUUGGUCCAAUAUUGGCAUCAUUGCAUCGUUUUGCAGAUGCGCUCACGUCAGGCACCGUGGAUCGUUGGCCAAAACCGGUCUUAACGGCAAUCCACAAGGGGGCAUCGUACAUCAGACCACACCUACUACACACCCCUGAGACGAAAGUUGAAAUACAGAAUGCGGACAUUUGGAGGGCAACAAACACUGGUUAUGCAUCCCGUUGCGGUUAUUGCUCGGAGUUACUGUGUCAUCUCGGAACCCACACCAACAAUACCGGCCGUGGUCAUGCUGCAUUUGUUUCCUCAUCUUCGCAUGUGGAAUUCACGAUCCUUGAGCCCUGCAUCUAUUGUUUAGAUAAAUCAUUGCCGAAAAUUCGCACUGCCAACAAUCUAUACUCUCAACCCCCAGCCGUUGCUCUUGCGCACUUGCGGCCCAACUAGCUCGCUGGCAUUGCGGUGCGUUGGAUGGCGAUGCGCCAGGCAUUGAGUCUAACGACGUCAUGAUGAAUAG